GGUUGUAUCACACUCCUAAACGCACAUGGCAUAAUUGGUAUUUUCUGCUUAAUUUUUUUUUCUCAAUUCGAUUACAUAUUAAUUACAUUUUUGCAAUUAAAUUAAAAGAAAAUAAUAAUAGGCUUUCGCGAAUCAAUAUGAAAAAAAGAAUUUUAAAUAAUACGGUCAAUAGAAAUCCACAAUGGAAAAAAAUUAAGUUAAGUGGUAAUCUGCUAUCUGAUGAUGGUGGCGCAAGCCUUGAAGGAUUGCUUGGGCUAGAAGUUUUGGAAAAUUAUGAUGGAGUUAUAUCUGUGACGAAAGAGAAAAGAAUCAAAACGAAAAAAGAAAACAUAUUAGUCAAAGAAAACAGUGACGACAGCGAGUCUGAUAAUUCAAAACGCAGCAAAAAUGAAAGAAAAAAGAAAAAGCGAAAGUUGAAAAAUGUAGGUCAUAAAAAGGAAAAAAGCAAUGAGCCAGGUAGUUUUGUACGUCCCCUUCCAAUACCAGUCGAUGAACAUUUCACAAGUUUAAAUGGUAAUGAAAAUAAAUCAACAUGUUUGACCUCACAAAUGGAAAAUGAUGGAGAAAAUGGAAGUAUAAAAUUAACACAGGCUUGGACAAGGUUUGGAAUUGCUGAACCAAUUUUAAAAGUAUUGGCUGAGAAGGGCUUUAAAGAGCCCACAGAAAUACAAGCACUAACAUUUCCAGCUGCAAUAAUGGGACGUCGUGAUAUCUUGGGGGCUGCUGAAACCGGCAGUGGAAAGACUUUGGCAUUUGGCAUACCGAUUAUAAAUGGCAUUUUACAAAUGAAAAAGAACCCUGAAAAAAUCAAUUUUCGCAAAGUGAGCAAAAACGGCUCUGAACAAGUAGAAGUUCCAGAAGUCGUAAAGCUACAAAAAAAUAGAUUGAGACAUAAAACUUCACGUCGACAGGAAAGAGAAAAUUUGACACCACCGCCUGAAGAAAUUAACAAUUUUCCAGGCUUAAAUGGUGAUAUUGAUACAGUCAAUAAAAAAAAUGAAUGUGAAACAAAAAAUGCAUGUAAUACACAAUCUUUGUACGCUCUAAUUCUGACACCGACUAGAGAGUUAGCAGUACAAGUAAAGGAUCAUUUGGUUGCGGCUACAAAAUAUACUGAUAUUCGCGUGGCUGCGAUUUUCGGGGGAUUAGCAACAGUGAAACAGGAGCGAGUUUUGUCAAAGUGUCCAGAAAUUGUAGUUGCAACACCGGGAAGACUAUGGGAGUUAUUGAACGAAGGAAAUGCUCAUUUAAGCAAAUUACAAAAUAUAAAUUUUUUGGUGGUUGACGAAACCGACCGAAUGAUUGAAAAAGGUCAUUUUGAAGAAUUGAAAUUCAUCUUAGACCGUGUAAAUGCAGAUCCAUUGAAAAAAAUACAAAGGCAAAACUUCAUAUUUUCAGCCACGCUCACACUGAUACAUGAUUUACCACAGUAUCUGAAGUUGAAAAAUAUGAACAGAAAACGAAAACUGCAACCUGAAACCAUACAACAAAAAUUGGCUGCGCUUAUUCAAUAUUUUGGAAUAUCUCAACCAAAAGUUAUUGAUAUUACCCAGUCUGCGAGUGGUGGGACUGGUAUCGCAAGAAAAUUAACAGAAUGUCGCAUUUCAUGCUCCCACGAACAAAAAGAUUUAUAUUUAUAUUACUUUUUACAUAAACACCCUGGGCGUACCAUCGUUUUUUGCAAUUCAAUUGAUUGUGUUCGUCGGCUUGCAAAAUUGUUCAGCAUUUUAAAGUGUGGUCCUGUUGCAUUGCAUGCAAAAAUGGCACAAAAAGCUCGUUUGAAGAAUUUGGAAAAAUUCACAAAAAACCCAACCGGCCUGUUGGUGGCAACUGAUGUUGCAGCAAGAGGACUGGAUAUUCCCAAUGUGGAGCAUGUCAUACACUAUCAAGUCCCACGAACUAGCGAAAACUAUAUUCACCGUUCCGGUCGUACGGCACGCGGCAACAAGGAAGGUAUUGCUAUUCUUCUAAUGGAACCAAAAGAAGUAACCGAGUAUGUGAGACUUUGCAGAACAUUAAAACGAAGUGAAGAUCUACCAAUAUUCCCAGUAAGAGAUACAUAUUUGGCUGCUGUACGGGAGCGAGUUAUUUUGGCAAGAAAGAUAGAUGUUGAAGAGCUUCAAAUGCGACGUAGAAAUGCAGAUAUAGGGUGGUUGAAAAAAAGUGCAAAGGAAAUGGACAUACUCAUGGAUGAUGGAAGUGACUUCAGUGAUGCCGAUUUCGGUGAGAAGGAAGUUGGAGAUGCUCAAGAAAUAAAAGCUCGUCGAGAACUAAAGCAUUUAAAAGAUGCUCUGAAACAUUUAUUAUCAAAACCGAUUUUCCCCAAUAGAUACACGAGUUCAAUUGAUAGUGAUAGGCAAUUUAAUAACCAAUCUAGCGAAAGUCAAAUUCAAAAUGCAGUAAAUGUCAUGAAAAAUGCUAUCCAAGAUAAGAAAAAAAUAAACAAAAAACAAAAAUAAGGAAAAUGUAUCAAAUUGAAUUUCGC